CACCUAAGUUUGAAACGACGAACGUGCGUCCUUUGACUGGUCGUAAAUGUUCCCGUAAUAUCCACGACAAGUUAUUCUUGCCUUCAAUGUCCGCCUACCCUUCUUAUGCUGCUACUUCGUCGUUGUUGGCGCAAAGACCUGCGUUGAAUCCCACCAAGAGUUCGUCGUCGGUGUCAAGGACAAGGAUACUGUUGCUCGGCUUACGGAGGAGUGGAAAGUCAUCCAUACACCAAGUUUUGUUCAACAAUCUUCCACCGAAAGAAUGUUUCUUCCUCGAUGCCACGAUGAGGGUGGUCAAACACACGUAUGAUACCAUCAUACCUCUUGAAAUCUGGGACUGCCCAGGGAAUGUAACGGUCGAGACUCUUGGGGCACCGCUUUCCCACUUUUCUACCUUGAUUUUUGUCAUUGACAUACGUGACUUGUACAACCAGCCGAUAUCCAAGCUCGUAGAGUUCAUAAUGGCAGCAUAUCACCAGAAUCCUAACAUCAACCUCGAGGUGUUUGUACAUAAGGCAGAGAAGCUACAUGAGGAUGAUAAGAUUGAGAACUUUCGACAGAUAAACGAGCGUGUCGGGGACCGUCUUUUGGACGAGAAUCCAGAAUAUGAACAAAUGGCUCUCAAUUUUCACUUAACCUCGAUCUACGACCACACGUUACACGAAGCGUUUUCACACGUCCUUCACAAAUUAAUAGAUUCCCUGCCAUAUCUUGAAGAUCUCCUAAACGUCUUUUGUGCAAACUCACAAUCACCGAAAGCUUUCUUAUUCGACGCACAGUCAAGAUUAUAUGUCGCCACGGAUGCUUCACCCGUUGAUUCAGCUACUCAUAAUUUAUGUUGUGAUAACCUUGCCAUGCUAAAUUCUUUCCGUCCUCUCUACCGCUCCGUUUCAGCAAGCGCACAGCGCCAUCGUCGCCGACCCAUACCCCCAACCCCCCCACCCUCCGCUUCAUCCUCCUCUUCUCUCUCUACCGACCCCCAAUCAACCACCGAUGACUCUGUUGCAACAACUCCAAAAGCCACGUCCAUUUAUCACCCAGAACAAGAUAGUAGCGAAAAUCGAAAUAAUAAACCCCACACUGUGGAAAAGGGACUCUUUUAUCCCAGUGCCGCUAUAUCUUUGCAUGCUUCUCCUCCAGGGACGACCUUGUCAUGUCAUGUCAUCACGGAACAUCUCGUGUUGAUUGCACUUUUACCCACUCCCGUUUUUGAAGGUAGAAGAGGCUUGAUAGAGUACAAUGUUGUAUUCUUUCGUGAAGGGGUCCAGGAGAUAGGUGCCGUUGAGCGUGAAGCAAGAGGCGGAUGAUGUACCUAUGACUCUUAUUCGUUAUCUGCUCACAUCGUUUGCGAUCCGGGAAGAAGGUUUCGCUUGCGAUUUACUGCUGAAUACACAAAGUGCUCCAACUUUACAUAGAAUGUUUUCACAAUCC